CCUUACUCAGCUGGAGUGCGCAAUCUUGCUGCUCGGAAUUAGAGCAUUGAGUCAGCAUUACGAGGUACUAGUAAACACGUGUUGUGAAGUGCGAUGGCGCUUCUGCAAGGCCCGUCCCGCAAGCAGGCGGAGCUCAUCGCACAGGAGCUGGGCGAGACUCCCGGGGAGAUAGAGCGCGGGGUGCAGGACCUGCGCAGCAUGCUCGCCGCCUCGCCAUACCUGCCCCAGCCGGAGAACGUCGAUAAACGCGUCCUGGAGCUGUUCGUGCGAGGAUGUCGCAUGGACCUGGACCGCGCUCGCUCCAAGCUGGAGGCGUACUGCCUGGCACGGGCCCGCUUCCGAGACCUCUACGAACAGCGCUCCCUCACAUGUCCUCCUCUCAACGAUGUUUGCAAGUUCAUGGACAUAGUAGUACUACCAAAACUCACAGACGAAGGAUACCGGAUCACGAUAUUCAGAAUACGAGCGGAGUACCCUGAGGGCUCGGCAGACGUGGCCAACGCGGUCCGAGCUGUGCUACUAACUAGUGACGUCAGAAUGUACGAUGAACAUCAAAUUGCGGGAGACGUAUUCAUUUAUGAGGUAUCAAAUGUGCGUGGCUCGGUCGUGGCUCACGUAGCAGCUGCUGCUAACGCGGUGAGACGGUCCAUCCAGCUGGCACAGGCUGCAUACCCUCAAAGGCUGAAGAGGAUCCACGUGGUGGGCGCCCCACCAUUCCUCGCCUCCUCCCUCGCACUCAUGCGCAGCUGUGUGAACGAAAAGAUCAAAAGACGAUAUUACUUACAUCCGAAAGUGGAACAACUACUGGAACACAUUCCCGCACAAGUGUUGCCGAGGGAAUGGGGAGGGGAAGAAGAAAACAUCGAUGUUCUGGCGAAGAAAUGGAGGCGUCGUAUCGACGAGGUCAGCCCCUACCUGCGCAUCUUCAACGAAGCCUGCAGUACUGCGAAAACCCCUAGCAACGAUGUCGAAAUUUACGGCACUGUAGGAGCUUUCAGGAAACUUGAUAUCGAUUAAAAUUUUUCCGUACGACACUAGGAGAUUUACAAGCUGGCAACCUCACUCUGUGGUUUCCCAAAAAUUGAUUUUGGGUGUAUAAUUCUGGACGUUUUAUUACUAAAUAACGAUUUUACCUAUAAGUCGAUGUCAGCCUGAAAGCCAGUGUGUACAGACAUAACCGUAUUAUUAUUUUUAGGUUAGUAAUAAAUAGGAGUUUUAAGUUAUCAAUAGAGUAAGGUAAUUUGUUUUAAUACUUUUAUAAUUGUGAUAUUUUGGGAUUAAAUACAUGCCCCUAAAUAUGUCGGGGCACUAUGUUA